AGAUCUUUGAAAGCCUGGAGAACUAUUGCUCAAGACUCACUUUAAAAAAUUAAAUAAAACUUUGGCUCCUUGGAAACAAAAUAAAAACAUUUGAGGGGUGACAUAUGGUAUUGACUUUUUCAUGGCUUCACAGCUUGGUGUGUGUUUAGCAGGAGUAAUUUUCUUGCAUAUUUUUCAGAGUCCAGUGCAUUGUUCAAGUAGCUCCUUUUUGAGGUACUAAAUCAUCAUCGGAGGCUUGGCUCUUGCUGUCAGAGAUACCUGGGCUUGUCCCAUUGUUGUGAGGACCGCGGAGCACAAACGCAUGGUGUUGCUGUAGCAACGAUAUCACAGUCUAUUACUUUUAUAUUAUGCAAUGUGAUAUAUCUACUGUCCAGUGAGGUUCACAUGGUGGUCAGAUGACAAAUUAAAAAGUAAAAUUAGCAGUUAGCAGUUAGCUAAACACAGACUGUCAUGGCUUCCAGGUCAUUUGUGUGGUCAGAUUUACAUGUGCGAUAACAUAAAACUGCUCCAGAUGUGCACGAUGUAUUUGCUAUAAAACUGACACAUUCAAAAUAACUGUUUAACUAUUUGCACAAUAUGAUCAUUAAUAAGGCAAAAACAACAUUUCACCUGCAUUGUCGUCCUGCAGCAAAUCAGCAACUGCUGUGUCUACAUAACUGCACAUCAAACACCGAGAGUAAUUCAUCUUUAUAGAUGUAUUGUGAAAGUCGUUAAGGAUCGUGUUAAUCAACGUUACGGUAGUUUCACUUUACUCAUUGUUAAAUUAUGCUGUUGCUGUGGGGAUGUGUAGCGUGGCUUUUGUUAUGUCACCAGUGGUGACUCAUCCUAUUGUAUUUCAGUCAACUGUUACCUACUGCGAUACCUGCAUUCUUCUGUUUUUGGAAGUGGAACUUAGUAACAAUGCAUGCGUGUAUUUUUUUUUUUUCAUUUUUAGCCUGAUGACUGUAGCUACAAGUCUUUUUGACUGAUGACAUGUCACGGUAAGAAAAGCACAGGUGUCAUUAUUAAAAUCAGUCACUGCAGUGUUCACGCUGUCAGACUCUCAUGUCUCGCACACAAAAAUGUAAGUAAUUCCUUUGCUUUUCCUGCCAUGACAUCUUAUAUCUUAAAUACAAGUUAUAUAUUUUUUGGUGGUUGGAGGGAGAGCUAUGAAAAACAAAGUUCACUCUGACAUUUAGAAAAUACUGAAGUCUGCUUAGCCUACAAUAGAAUAGAGACCAAUUCUACCAUUUCCACAGUUUCAGAACAAGAUUGUCUACUUUGGCUUAACUAGCUUUCACUCAGUGUACAGUAGAUACACUCGUUGACCGGUUUAUUAGGUACACAUGUUUAAAUGCUCAUUAACACAAAUGUCUAAUCAGCCAUUUGAAUGUGAAGUGGUUGCUGGUGCCAGACAGGCUUUUCUGAGUAUUUCAGAAACUGCUGAUCUAUUCCACACCAUCUCUAGGGUUUACAGGGAACAAUCAACAAAAAUAAAAAUAGAGAAAAACCAUCCAGUUAGUCUUUGACUGAAAAUGCCUCGAUGACGUCAGAAGUCAAAGGAAAAGUACCACAAUGUAACUGAAAUAACCAGAAGCAGAAGACCACACAGGGUGCCACGCCUGAAAGCUAAGAACAGGAAACUGUGUUUACACUUCAAAUGGGCUCACUAAAAGUGAACAAAAAUAGAACAUUUCUGUUGUGUUAAUCUGAUGGUAGGGUCAGAAUUUGUUGCAAACAGCAUGAAUGCAUGGAUCCAUCAUGCCAUGUGUUAAUGGUUGCGGCUGCUGUUGGUGGCAUAACGAUGUAGAGGAUAUUAUCUUGGCAACUGGCAACAGCCUAUCAGAGUAUUGCUGCUGACCAGGUCAGUCCCUUUAUGACUGCAGUGUAGCCAUCUUCUGAUGGCUGCCUCCUGCCCCGUGUCACAAACUUCAAAUCAUCUCAAACUGGUUUCUUGGAUAUGGCAAUGAGUUCACUGUCCUCCACACUCAGCAGACCUCAAUCCAACAGAGCACCUUUGGGAUGUGGAGAUUGCGUCAUGGUUGAGCAGCUCACAAAUCUGCUGUGUGACGCUGUCACGUCAGUACGGACCAGGGAAAGUUUCCAAAACCUUGCUGAAUGUGUACCAAGAAGAAUUAAGGAAGUCCUGAAGGUAAAACAGGGUCCAACUCAGUACUAGCAACGUGUACACAGUGAGUGUUUCUUACUUGUAGCACAACAGUUUGCAAUAUAGCAUAAAGUACAGGAACAACGAAGUGAUUCAAACUGAUUAUAAAUCUAUGUUGAAACGGUCUGUGGAUAUAUUGGUACGUUUUUUCACGUUUAUGCCAGAUAGAGCAGAUGACACACACACAGACACACACACAUAUCCGCAUCUCCCUUACCCCGCGGAGUUCAGCAGAUGGAGCCCGCACACCAGCAGCACACACGCGGAUGAAAGUGAGACUUCAAGCUGGUUUUAUCAGCAGUUUCAACACCGACAGACGAACUCGGUGAGGAGGAGACAGAUAAAUAGAAAGCAGUGCGUGCACACUCGCUUUCUCUUACAUAAGUUGAUUACCGAGACAUUUCGGAGCGCGGAGGUGAUGUUAUACUGUACGUACGGACGUACGGCUUAGACAGCGGCGCGCGCUCACGGCUGAAGCUGUCGCUUUUGAUAUUUUUACCUCGCGCAGUCAGAUAACUGUCACAAUAACGGAGGAAAAACCCCGGCGAAGAUGACGAGGAUAGGCUGUUGGACUGUGCUUACGUUCGCCCGACUUGGUGUAGCUGCCUCGUAACGGGAUUUUUACUCCCACCUGCCUUUGAAAGUUUCAAACACGUCGCUUUUGAACUUCACCUCCAAAAGUGGAUGUGAUCAUCAGUAAGCAGGUUUCUUUGCCCGUUAAUGGGAAUCCACCCAUGGACCUAAGUGUGACCCGCAGGUUGUUACAUCCAGGCCCAGAUUCGGCCAUGCUGGCCCCCCGCCCUCCUUUCUUCAUGGGAUCCCUCACCGCUCAACAUUGUGCCCAAUUCUCCCAGCAGCACUUGCAGUAUAACAUCGAACAAAGGCAAAGAGAGAUGAGUGAGGAGAAAAGAGAAGAGCUACAUCAGCUGAUUCAAAAGAGUAAAAACGAGCAGAGUGCUAUAGCCAGUCCCCUGGUAAAGCAGAAACUUCGGGAACACAUAAUUAUGAAGAGCCAGCCAACCCAUGAUAGAGUGACUCCCAACCACAGCAGUCCUGCCCCAGGAUUCGGGCUCCGGGUUCCUGAUAUGUCCCCGAAGCCUCAGCCUACACCCUGUGACCAGCGCGCCUUGAGAAGAACAGUGUCUGAGCCCACACUGAAGUGGAAGUUAAAGAAACUCAUCACCACAAGGCCAAACCCGCUGCAGCGAAAGAUCAGUGCCCCUCCUGCAGUCAAGCACAGGACCGAAACUCUGGAGUCUUCCCAGAGUGGCAGCAGCAAUCCAGCAUCAGGGUGCAGCUCUCCAAAUGACAGCCUCCAUUCAGAUAAUGGGUCCUUACCGCUGGCUCAUGAGUCACAGAGGCUGUUGCUGAAGGAUGGUAAUUUAGCUCGAUUCACUGUGCCUUCCAAUCCCCCUGGGAUCCCCAACAUCACUGCUGGACUUCCUGCACAGGCUGACUUGCGAGAAGCAAGGCCAUUGGCAGUAUCUGGUCUCCAUCAGGUUUACUUGCCUCUGGAAGAAAGCAGUCCAGCUCUUUCUCAGCGGCUACAGCCUGUGUUCAUACUGGAUCCACACACCAGGCUUCUGCGCCCCCAGCUUGUCUCUCUUCCUGGUUUGAGCACCAUCUCUCUGCAGCAGCACCCUCACCUGUCUACUCUGUCCAGAAGAGAAGGUCACAAACCUUUGGAACGAACACGUUCAGAACCGCCACCCUACAGCCACUCACAGUUAUCUCUGCAAACCAGCCAUCACCCGCACAUCCAACACUCGCUGAACCAGCAGUACCACAGGAGCGGGGUGGAGAGAUUCAAGCAGAAUUCACACCUGAGCAAGAUCCCAUCAGAGGACAUGGACCUAGAGGAGACUGGAUCGGGAUCAGGUUCGGGGACAGGUUCUGUGUGCGGCUCAGAGCCCGGAUCAAUUUGUGAGGAUGACUAUCGGCGGAGACAGAGCAACGCCAGCACAGACUCUGUGUACGACACAGAGUCUACUACCUCCUCCCGGGAGAGCUUGAUCGAGCCCUCCUACUCUUACAAUCAGAGGCAGGUGAUCCUUAGACCAAGUCUGCAGAUAGAUCCGAUGGGUGUGCCAUCCUUAAUUUGGCCUCACCAGCCUGUCAGUCGGUCCCGGUCCUCCCCUGCCUCCACCUCCCUGCCUCCUGCUUCACAUCAACCCACCACCAUACCUUCCAUGUCAUUAUCCAACCCUGCUACAGACACCCAGCUGCGCUUCACCACAGGUUUAGCAUAUGAUGGUCAGAUGCAGAAGCACCAGUGUAUUUGUGGGGACAACAGCCGUCACGCUGAGCAUGCAGGAAGGAUCCAGAGCAUCUGGUCUAGACUGCAUGAAAGGGGCCUAAGGAGUCAGUGUGAGCGCAUCCGCAGUAGAAAAGCAACCCUAGAAGAGCUGCAGUCAGUCCAUUCAGAAAAACACGUACUUUUAUUUGGCACCAACCCGCUCAACCGCCUCAAGCUGGACAGCCGCAAACUCGCUGGAAUCCUGUCUCAACAUGUUUUUUUGAUGUUACCAUGUGGAGGGGUUGGGGUGGAUAUUGAUACAGUCUGGAACGAACAUCACACAUCAGCAGCCUCCCGCAUUGCUGCAGGAUGUGUCACAGACCUGGCACUGAAGGUGGCACAAAGAGAGCUGAAGAAUGGCUUUGCAGUUGUGAGGCCCCCUGGACACCAUGCAACCCAUUCCUCCCCUCUGGGCUUCUGUUUCUUCAACUCUGUGGCCAUCGCUGCCAAGCAGCUCCAGCAGAAACUCAGCGUCAGCAAGAUCCUCAUUGUGGACUGGGAUGUACACCAUGGCAACGGCACCCAGGAAGCCUUCUACAGCGACCCAAGUGUGCUGUACAUCUCUCUACAUCGCUAUGACGAUGGCAACUUUUUUCCUGGUAGUGGACACCCCAGCGAGGUGGGUGCAGGUCCAGGUGAGGGCUUCAAUGUCAAUGUAGGAUGGACCGGAGGACUGAACCCUCCAAUGGGCGAUGCUGAAUACCUGGCUGCGUUCAGAGCUGUGGUGAUGCCCAUCGCUCACGAGUUUUCCCCUGAUGUCGUCCUCGUGUCAGCUGGCUUUGAUGCUGUCGAAGGACAUCCAUCAUCGCUCGGAGGAUACAAGGUUACAGCCAAGUGUUUUGGCUUCCUGACCCGUCAACUGAUGUCACUGGCCGGCGGUAAGGUGGUCAUGGCUCUGGAGGGUGGGCAUGACCUCAAAGCUAUCUGCGAUGCCUCCGAAGCCUGUGUGAGCGCCUUGCUGGGCAUGGAGGUGGAGCCUCUGUCCCAGUCAGUGUUGGACCAGAAGCCCUGUGAAAAUGCGGUGCUUUCUCUGCAGAAAGUCAUCCAGAUUCAUGGUGAGUACUGGCAGAGUUUGAAGGAUUCGGCCUCCACAGUGGAUAUGUCCUACUUGCAGGCGCAGAGACGAAGACUGAGACGAGACUCGGACAGCGAGGCUGUCAGCGCCAUCGCCUCUCUGUCGAUGGGGUCUCUCGCAUCUGACAGGAAACCGUCUGAGAAAUGAUGGAGAAAAGGUGAUUCUCCCUGAAGAAAGACUCGAGCCUCUACACACUCCACACACACGCACACAAACACGCAAAGCAGCGCUUUGGAUCGUCACUGGAAGCAGAUGUCACUUCACAAAAACUCCACCUGUAUUACUACUGGCUGAAUUCUGACCCAUCUGAUCCAAACACACACACACACAUCGACGACCGGCAAUCACCUGGGCCGCGUUCUCACUCUCAUCCCUCGCUGCAAUGAGAGCUAAAGCUAAAAGAGACACCCAGGUGCAGAUUAAUGAAGGGUUUUGCAACAACGUGAUGUAGCAUAUACACCUUGAGAGAAAAACACAUCUCUGCACAUUUGCAGACUGAAUUAAAAUGACUCCAGCACAACUCUGAGCAAGAGCCCCAAGACUGUUAGAAGGAAGGGUCAAAGGUCGCCUCAGCUUAUCGAAGCCACUCAGUUUGAGAAGAAGGAGUCGUCCCCAAAAGUACGUGCGAGUGAUGGAGCGCAGACGUAUCCCUCGGCCGCGAUGUCAUUCGUCUGCGUGCGACCGCGAUCGAGCGGGUCAUCCUGCACUGCACGUUUGUUCUCAUCAUCAGUUCAUCUGACCGGAGGAACACUUUUUUUGGGGGGGGAUGACAUUGUUUUUUAAGAAUCAUGAGUGAAGCUACAAUGAGGUCUGACAUACAUAUUUUUUUUCAGCGUUUUCAUCAUUUCUUUCUUGGCGUACCCAGGGCGAGCGCGUGUAGCAAGACCUCGGAUUGCUGCAGUUAUUUGUAUCGCUCCUCUGAAGUGCAUCUUAAAUAUGUAGAUAUGCUGUAGUUAGUGGUGGUAGCAUUAGUCACAAUGAAGAGCUGAUACCUCCAGUCGCUGUGGUAUUGAUAUUCGGGGGAAGGGGGGAUAAUAAGCCUGUCAGAUAAGACAGAAUCACCCAUGAUGCCUCAAUGCAGUGUAACCACUCAGUAAUGAUUGUACAAGUGACAAUGCACAUCAGUUUUUAACAUUUUGGAUGAGACUCGCAUCCAAACACUCACUCACACAAAGUGCACUUAUCUCGCCCUCGGAAACGAGGGUCAGAGCGACUCGGGUCUCAAAAUCUGAACUUUGAUGUUUCUACCUGUGGAUGAGCAUUCCUGCUGUAUUUGUUACAUGUUUUUUUUCUAUUAUUAUUAUUUUUUUUUAAAUCUGAUCUGUCUUCUGUUCAUCCCCUACGUAGCGCCAGUCUAUUUACUGUCAUCCUCGGAGAUGUUACGCUCCCCGGACCAAACAAUGGCAUGAUAGUGGUUUAGUUAGGAUGAAGCAAUACUGAGAUAGUUAAAUAUCCACACAGUGCAAUUGGACACAGGUUAAGUACAACCAAAGCUUAUGAGAACAAUGUGUUGUCCCUGGACUGGCAUGGCCUGAAGAACUUCAAAGACUUUGAAGACUUUGCGAAUGUUUCUUUUCUCAAUCCAAACAGUCGAAAAGCACCAAAAAAAAAAACGCAGGACAUUUAUAUACGCAAAUCAAUUCGACAUGACUCCUAUUUAUAUAUUCAGAUUCUGUGUCUUUGAAGUGCUCUUUGCAUGUCUAACAUGAUUGUGAUGGUGCUAAUACAGUAUGUCUGAUUGUUUGUUUUUUAUUCUAGUUUGUUUGUAUUUUACUGUUGCACUCUGUAUGUAACUCACGGCCUUUCCGACAUUUGUUGAUGUUACGAAAAUGUGAAAAACGAAAGACAUCCUGUAGGACAUCCUGACGGAGGAGCGUAGCUUUCAGUCGUUGUUUGUUUUUUAAGAACGUUCACGACAGCGACCUGACAUAUCACGUGUCUUAAUCAGUGUAAAUGAUCUAUUUUUUUAUUUGAGCCCAAAUAAUGAACCCUGUGCACUCGGAGACCAAAUUAUCAGUCGAAGGAUCGUUCUGACCAACCUGUGUAAAGGUAGCCUUAACAAACUGGAAUUUUUACUUUAGGUCAAGUCCAGUUUUCUUUAUAACUGACUGUCUUGAUUUUUUUUCUGUACAGUGUACAUAGCGACAUUGGUUUUGUUGUCUUACUUUUGCCUUUUUCUACUAUUUUCACCCAAAAAAACCUAAUAAAGGUAAAUUAUGUACAUUUUAA